AUGAUUCACAUUACCCUCUCGAACCUAAUCACCUUGGCCAUGGUCUCCGUCGGCGUUGUUUUGGGGGCACCCAGCAAAUAUCCGACAUCGCGUCACGUUCCAAUGGAGGUCGCUCACCAGUACAGCUCACCGAUGAGCUACUCCGCCGCGAAGCGAUCCGCGAUGAAUAAGCAAGUAAACCGACUUAGCCGAAAAAGCUUGUCAAACCCCAGGAUAAUCUUCAUGCCGGUCAAAAGCGCAAACUCGGACCUCGCCGAAUCGUUGUCAAACGCGGCAAGUGUCUUACGCUCGGAUACGGCCGCAGUCUAUUCUUCGAUCACCUCUUUGAAGCAAAACGGUCAGCUUGGAACACCCGAGCAGCUCGGAGAUGAUACGGUCUUCCAACUUACCGAAUGGCAGAAACAUGCCGACAUGUUGCGGUUCCUUGGAGAUGUCAAAGAGCGUACUGAUAUCGUUGACCAGAUGGACGAUUUUAGCAAUGAAAUCGGAUUGGCCUUGAAAAGUGCGGCCCAAGACCUCAAGCAGACGUUGCUAGGAGUGAAUUCGAUCAUCACCGAAAUGCCAUCGAUUCGAUACCUGCUCGGCCCGAUGGUUUACAAUAUCAGAAUGAUAAUUACGGAUAUCCACCAUCGCUCUGAGGCUUAUUUAAGCCAUGGUGAUGAUAAGAUCUCUUUGAGCUCGAAAUUUGAGGAAGACUUCUCAAAGUGCUAUACCCUUGAAAGCAUCAAACAAUUUUGUUAAACUUAGUUGAAAUUAAUAAUAUAAACCUUCGUAAUCUAUCACAACCCAAUC